GAAACUGUCUGUUAACUGUGACAUUGACAAUGAAAUUGAUCCUUACAAGAUGCUGAAACGCUCUCAUCAGGCAUUGUCUACCAUAUCAUACCACUAUGGAAGCUGAUCCACCGGAGUCGGCCAAUGUCAAGGGCCAUGAGUCUCCAUUCACUCCAGCCGAGCGCAUCGCCGAAUUAAACGCGAUUGACCAGUCCAUCUCCACCCUCCUAUCUGCCGCAUCCGAUGUGAUCGGUAUUCUUUCUAACGAGCCAUCUUCUGAAACCCAAGAAAGAGCUCUGAGAAAUCCAACCUCUGCUAGAUCCGCAUUCCAGGAUGCCGCCUCCACCUACUUCACUACCUUGUCCUCGAUCGAUGUUCGGUUACGUCGCCAGGUAUAUGCUCUGGAGGAGGCCGGCCUAGUCAAACCGGGUGACGACAGGGAUCCAAAAAGAGGCAGAAAGGUUGGCGGGGAAUAUGGAAUUGAGAGAACAGGAGGUGGCCCACUCGAUCCCUCUUGGCUGAGUGCUAGGGCCAGUGACAAAGUAGGCUCGGGAAUGAAGGCUGAACUCCUGGCCCAGGCGAGAGUAUUCAUUGAGAAAUCGGAAGGACGUUCAGCAGAGAAGAAUCUCGAUGAGAAUUCGACAGAUCUACCUCGAAGCACAAGUGGCGAGGACCGUCGAGAUCAUGAUGUGGGAUGAGUCAGCCUCUAUGGUCUAAUCAACACCAUAGUAGUCAACUCUCCACACGUUGAAGGCUUCAUGCGAUCUUCCACCGCAGUUGUGGCGCAGGCCUUUGUUGAGCCAAUCGCGUUGUCUGCCUGUUAUGCUGACUGCGUCUUAUUCGUCUUGUGUUCACGACACUGCGAAGCAGCAAGUCUAACUCACAUCAGCGGCGCGCACCCGAUACUGUCGCAUGUUCAAGUGCGCCAGUCACUGGCAUGUCGCUGGACGUGUGCCAUAGGUCUCCCGUGGCCUGGAAAUCAUCGCGGCAGCUCAUGGCAUACCACAUCCUACAUCAAGUAGGUCACCCUAGCUCUAGUGAAGCCAGAGGCAGAGAACAGGCAUUAUGUACACAUUAAAUUCAUGAAUGCCACAAGAAGAGAUA